AUGAAAGCGAUCAUCGCCAUUCCGGCGACGCUCGCGCUCGUCAUUCGUGCCUCGAAGAAGAAUUCCCUCACACCCGCCGGCCUCGUCGCGGCGACGCUGACGGCCGCCGCCCACGCCUACCAUCCUUGGAACCUGCCCUUUGUCCUGCUCUGCGUCUUCUUCCUCGCCGGCACACGCGUGACUCACAUCAAGGAAAAUGUAAAGGCCACGAUGACGGUGCAAUCCCGCGGCACGCCCGGUGGCGAGGGACCUCGAACACAUGUCCAAGUCUUUGCAAACUCGUUGAUGGCCUCGAUCCUCACCGUCCUCCACGCGCUUCAGCUGCGCUCUCGAGCCGCCGCCCUCGCCGACCCGACGACGCCCAAGCCGGCGGGCACGCUCUGCUACUCGUGGGGCGGUGACCUCUUGGUGGUCGGAAUCAUUGCCAACUACGCCGCCGUCGCGGCCGACACCUUCAGCUCUGAGCUCGGCAUCCUAUCCAGCAGUCAGCCCCGGCUGAUCUCAUCCUGGACGCUGCGCAAGGUCCCCCGCGGAACCAACGGCGGCGUGACGAUGCUCGGGCUCGGCGCCGCCUUGCUCGGCUCCAUGGUCAUCGUGACGGCGGCGAUGCUGUUCCUGCCGAGCUGCACGCCGGACGCGGCCGAGGCGUGGGGAGGCGGUGUUCCGUGGACGAUGGAGCGUCGCCGCACCUUUAUGGGCUUCCUCGUGCUCUGGGGGGCGCUGGGAAGCUUGCUCGACAGCCUUCUCGGCGGCAUCUUUCAACGAUCCGUCCGGGAUGUGCGGACGGGCAAGAUUGUCGAGGGCGAGGGCGGCAGCCGCGUGCUGGUGUCGGCCGCCGCAGAUUUGGCCGCCGCCACCGGCGUCUCAGGCGCGCGCGCGGAAGCGAAAGCCACGAGACUCGGGGGCGAGAGCGAGGAGAUCUCGGUCGUCGACGAGGGCUCGGACGAGGGCACGAGCAAGAUGGGCAAGUACGACAUGAGGAACAAACAUCGCCGGCCCAGCUUUGGAGAUCAGCGUCCGUCGCGUGUGGUGGAGAGCGGCUGGGACCUGCUGGACAACAACGACGUCAACUUCCUCAUGGCAUCGCUUAUGAGCGUCGGCGCCAUGGCCGUCGCGAGUUGGUUCUGGGGUGUGCCGAUUGAGUCUGUCAUGCAGAUAUGA